AUGUCCACAGAUGCAUUUGAACUCGAGGCUAGUGCUUUUCUGAACGAUUCUACGAAACUUAAAGGUAAUUCUUCCAUUUCCAUCCUUUUUCCAAACCAAGAACCACAGCUUCAAAAAAACCUUCAAACUUUUUUUUACUUCUUCUUUGAAUAUUUUUUUAAUUAACUUUAAAAAUCGGUUCUUUUUAUUCCUAAAUUCAAGAAAAACAGAAAAAAAGAACUCAAAGAUAAGAAUCUGUGAUCAAAAAUAAGGUCGUUAGUAUUCGCAGAAAUCCGUGAAUAAGGUUAUCAUUAUCAUUCUCUGAAAAACUUGUUUUCGUGUACUUUUUCCUUGAGAUGUUCCGUAGGUACAGGACUAACGACCCAUCUUGUCCGCAAAGUCAAUAUUUCGGCUGAUGAGGAAGUCUUGACAAAACACACAGUCCAAAGGUGUUCUAAUAAUGCAAAACCUGGCUAUAGAUGGCGUCAAGGAGCAAAAUUCGGCGGAUUUGCCGACAAAAACUGAUUGGAAAGCUAUCUACGUCAUCGGUCUCAUCACUUUCGUAGCUUUCGUCGUCAACUUCUUACUCGAAUCUAAUCGUUGGCCAUACCUGCAAGAGGUACUUUUUUGUUGGUAGUGAAGAGAAAUUUAGGAGAAACCGUACGAUAAUAAAAAAAUAUUAAUGUCAACUUGAAAUAACUUUGCUGCGAUUAAGACUAUUUAAAAGUUAAAUAAAUAUCAUGAAACUUUUUAUUCAAAGUUUUCCAGUGGCCUAAACUGCAAAGCUCAAAUUUCGAGAACAGAUCUUUUCAGUCUUUCAUCAAGAUUGUAAUAAUUUUUAAUUUGAAGGUUGAUACGGACACAACAGCCGAGUUUUUCGGGGUCGCCUCGGCCGCUUCGAAAGCCGGACACGCCGUGUUCACCUUGGUCUUCUCCUACUGGAGCUAUCACUACCAAUGUGUCAAGUUGGGCAGAGUUCAAGGCUUCAGUUCAAUCUGAUUUCAGGCCCCCAAUAGUUUUCGGUUGUCUGAUCUCACUGAUUUCGUGCGUUUUCUACUUUUGUGUUGAGCUUCUGACUGAUAACCGUCGUUAUCUGAUGGCUAUGUGUUUCGUUCUUUUCGGAGCUGCCUCAAGUAUCUACAGUGGAAUUUUGAAAAACAAAAACUGGAUAAUUCAGGCAACAUCACAGUUCUGCGAGCUUACAUCGCCUCGGCAUCGCUUCCUGAGGACAGGACCAAGGCAUUUUCUGCGUCUUCUCUCUCCAUUCUUCUAGCUGUUAUCGUGGCUCCAAGUAAGCCUGAUAUUGACGGGAAAUAUGAAAUAAUCGGAAUUCAUUCAGUUAUUCAAAUCUCUUUCUCGAAGAUCCCAUAUCCUGGCUGGGAAGUUCUACCGGACGUUCGUUUUCAUAUUUACACCGGUCCGGUGGCUCUCGCCGCGCUGAUCAACGUCGUUGUCAUAGGAAUAACUUGGUUUUGCUUGCGAGAACUGCCAAAACGUAAAAAGUUCGCAGGUGAGCUUUUUAAUUUAGAAUUUUCUGUAGCCCUAGGUCUUAUAUUUUCAAGACUUACAAGCGCUUUUACAGUCUCCCAAUUUUCACAAAUAUUCUAAGCAAAAAGUUAAAUGACUUUCCUUGUCAGUAAGCAAAUUUAAAUAGACUGAGUUUUCGUAAAAUCUUUUUCUUUUUUUUUUAAUCAAAAGAAACUUCCCUGAUGUCUACAGGACCAGCUAACGGCUCCACUAUCGAUUAUUACAAAGCGAAAAUGACGGCUUUCUUGAAUCUCGACAUCAAAUGGGGACUCGUUCUUUUGUGCUGUUGCAUGAAAGCCGUCUUCACCCUUUGCAUCGUCAUCCUCAUGCUGUGAGAGAAAUUUUUUCAGAACUUGGAAUUAUUUCACUUGUUGAGGAUCAUGCCGGUGUUGUACACGACGAGCUACGGCUGGAGCGGAACGACUUUGGUUCAGAUUUCCGCCAUUUCAAUGGGAACCGCUGGAAUUCUUUCUCUCGUUGUCGGAUUGCUCUACGCCUUCCUAGGAAAAUAGUGAGACCACUAAAACAAAUAAAAAACUCCUGAAUUUGCAGUAUUCCGCAACGCGUUGCUUUUCUCUUCGCACUUUUCGUUUUCGGAUUGCUUUUCGUCUUUACUUAUCCCUACGAGGCGAUAAGCAAUCCAGUCGCUCCUUACAAUGGUAAUACUGACAACUUUUCAAAUUCAAAGUUUCUUUGAAGAAACUACAAACUCCGGCUGUAACCCAGAAAAGUACGACUGGUGCCAGACGGCGGUGGCCCCUCCGGCCAUUCUUCUGGUCGUGGUUCAAACGGCGGCCAUCAGUUUGUGCAUGCCGAUAGCCAUCGUCUCUCUGGACGCGAUCUAUUCCAAGAUUCUGGGCCAAAUCAACCAGGCUUGUGCUAAAAAUCCUGCUUUGAUCAUUUCACACUUUCAGAGUAUGUUACAAGGAGCGUUCAUCAUUUUUGAAGACAUCGUUUUCAUUGUCGGACCCAUUGUUUUAUCGUAAUUUUUUGCCAUGUGAAAAAAGAUUUAUUUUUUAAUAAAUUUCAGCGCGAUUUUCACGGAGUUCGGCACGAGUCGUUUGUGGCUAGUCAACAUCGGCGUCGUGGCCGCCGGCGUCAUCGCUUGGAUCUUAUGUUUCCGAAAUCUCAAACCAUAUUCAUAA